UCGUCUUGUCUUCAUCGUUGUUCCGCAGUAAGGUUGAAGCAGCACCUCACCUCAAUCUCUUCUUGCUUCGCGAGCUCUCUCUCUCUCUCUCUCUCUCAGUAGCGCAGGAAAGAUGGGAGCUUCGCUUCCUCCAAAAGAGGCCAACCUCUUCAAGCUCAUCGUCAAAUCUUAUGAGACGAAGCAGUACAAGAAGGGACUCAAGGCUGCUGAUACCAUUUUGAAAAAGUUUCCUUCUCAUGGUGAGACUUUAUCCAUGAAAGGAUUGACUCUUAACUGCAUGGACCGUAAAACUGAAGCAUAUGAGCUUGUUCGCCUUGGAGUCAAGAAUGACAUCAAAAGCCAUGUUUGCUGGCAUGUGCUUGGUCUCCUGUACCGGUCAGACAGAGAGUAUAGAGAGGCCAUCAAAUGCUACCGUAAUGCUCUUAGAAUUGACCCUGAUAAUCUUGAAAUACUCCGCGACCUCUCACUCUUGCAGGCACAAAUGCGGGACUUAUCUGGCUUUGUGGAGACCAGGCAGCAGCUUUUGACUUUAAAGCCUAAUCAUCGAAUGAACUGGAUUGGCUUUGCAGUCUCCCAGCAUUUGAACGCUAAUGCUUCUAAAGCUGUUGAAAUUUUGGAAGCGUUUGAAGGCACCCUAGAGGAUGAUUAUCCUCCUGAGAACGAGCUAUGUGAACACACUGAAAUGAUUCUAUACAAGGUUUCCUUGCUUGAGGAGUCAGGUGCUUUUGGAAAAGCUCUUGAGGAGUUGCACAAAAAAGAGCCGAAAAUAGUUGAUAAGUUGUCCUACAAAGAACAAGAGGCAUCUCUCUUGUCGAAGCUUCGUCGCCCAGCAGAAGCCAGUAAACUCUACAGGGUUCUUCUUUCCAUGAACCCUGACAAUUACAGAUAUUAUGAAGGCCUCCAAAAAUGUCUUGGUUUGUAUUCAGAAAGUGGACAAUAUUCGUCGGACAAGAUUGAGAAGUUAAAUGCCUUGUACCAGUCUCUAAGCGAGCAGUACACUCGGUCAUCCGCUGUUAAGAGGAUACCAUUGGAUUUUCUGCAAGAUGAAGGGUUUAAGGAGGCUGUUGCAAAGUACAUUAAACCUCUGUUGACAAAGGGUGUUCCUUCAUUAUUCUCUGAUCUCUCUUCUCUAUAUGAUCACCCUCGCAAGCCUGAUAUAUUGGAGCAACUAGUUGUUGAGAUGGAACAUUCUAUUAGGACUACUGGAAGUUACCCAGGAAGUGAUGUGAAAGAGCCCCCGUCAACUCUAUUGUGGACAUUAUUUUUCUUGGCUCAGCAUUAUGACAAGCGUGGUCAGUAUGAUGCUGCCCUUGGUAAAAUUGACGAGGCCAUUGCUCAUACGCCGACAGUGAUUGAUCUGUACUCUGUUAAGAGCCGAAUAAUGAAGCAUGCAGGAGACUUAACUGCCGCUGCCGCACUUGCCGAUGAAGCUAGAUGCAUGGACUUAGCAGAUCGCUAUAUUAACAGUGAAUGCGUUAAGCGUAUGCUGCAAGCAGAUCAGGUGGCCUCGGCUGAGAAAACUGCUGUUUUAUUUACAAAAGAGGGGGAUCAGCUCAACAAUCUUCAUGACAUGCAGUGCAUGUGGUAUGAUCUUGCAUCUGGGGAUAGCUACUUCCGUCAGGGUGAUCUUGGACGUGCCCUGAAGAGGUUUUUGGCUGUGGAGAAGCACUAUUCUGACAUUUCUGAAGAUCAGUUUGAUUUCCACUCGUACUGCUUAAGAAAAAUGACUUUGCGUUCAUAUGUUGACAUGCUUAAGUUCCAAGACCGAUUGCACUCAUUCCCAUAUUUCCACAAAGCAGCCAUCAGAGCUAUCAGGUGCUACCUGAAAUUGCACGAUACUCCCAAAUCAACUGCUGAAGAAGAUGAAAUGUCAAAGUUGGCUCCUGCUCAAAAGAAGAAAAUGAAGAAGCAGAAAAAGGCAGAAGCCCGAGCUAAGAAAGAAGCUGAGACUAAGAGUGAAGAAUCAACUGCGAGUGGUGUCUCAAAGUCUGGCAAACGAAAUGUGAAACCUGUAGACCCAGAUCCUCAUGGGCAAAAGUUAAUUCAGGUGGAAGAUCCACUGGCAGAGGCUUCAAAGUACUUGAGUCUACUCCAGAAGCAUUCACCUAACUCUUUGGAGACUCAUCUACUUUCUUUUGAGGUUAACAUGAGAAAAGAAAAGUUUCUGCUUGCAUUCCAGGCUGUCAAGCAAAUGCUUAAAUUGGACGCGGAGAACCCUGAUUCACAUCGUUCACUGGUUAAAUUCUUUCUCAGGACAGGAUCGACGAGUGCUCCCACGACUGAAGCUGAGAAACUUCGUUGGAGUGUCCUAGAGGCUGAGCGCCCAUCAAUCAGUCAAUUGCAGAAUAAAUCAUUAUUAGAGGCAAACAAAGAGUUUCUUGGUCGACACGAAGAUUCUUUGGUGCACAGAGUGGCAUACGCAGAAACGCUGUACCUGUUAGAUCAAAGCAAGAAAUCUGAGGCUAUCAAAGUAAUUGAAGAUUCAACCAACAAAGUGGUUCAACAAACAAAUGGAGCUCUCGGACAAGCAAGAGAAUGGAAACUCAAAGAAUGUAUGGCAGUUCAUAAGCUCCUAGAGACAGUUUUCCUCGACUCAGAAGCUGCCUCCAGAUGGAAAUCACGCUGUGCCGAGUAUUUUCCGUGGUCGACUCACUUUGAAGGCAAGCGUAGCUCUGUGAUGCCUGAUUCAGUGUACAACUCUUCUCUCAAGAGGAAUGAGAAUGGCGACACACCAAACCAUCCAAUGGGUAACGAUGCACAGCUCGAAGCAUUCAAGAGCCUUGCCGUCUCUACCUGAAGCUCUUUUUUGUAUUAAUAAAAGAGGCACGAAGACAGAGGAUCCGUUGUUGCAGACCUUCGAUCAUAUACUUGAUGAAUGUUUUUUGCAGAGGUGUGGAACAAAAGAUGUUUGGAGUUGUAACACGCCAAAUGUGUAUUAACUGUUUGAUCUAUAUAAGGAGGCUGGGUUUCUCAAGUCUGAUGAACACAAUGGCACAGAGAAAGAAAGGAUCUUUUUGUCUCUCUUUUCGUUUUGUUUUCUCUCUUUCGGCACUUUACGAGGAUGUUUCGAGCUUUCCUUUGUUGUUGUACCCUUUUUUACUCCUCCACAUCAUUUUUAUUCACCCCCACUACUACAUUAUCUCUUUGCUUAAAGCUUUUUAACAUU